AAGUUCCUUCCGGCUUCCUGCAGGAAGGAAGAUCCUGCUUGGGUUGCCGUGAGUUUUCCGGGCUGUAUGGCCAUAUUCCAGAAGCAUUUUUUCCUGACGUUUCGCCCACAUCUAUGGCAGGCAUCCUCAGAGGUUGUAAGGUCUAUUGGAAACCAGACAACGGAAGGCAAUGGUAUCCUCCUGCAGAAAGACUGGCUCCCACAUGCUAUAAGACUAUAGCUUCAGGGCUGUGGCAUCCCACAAGAACUGGUGCUGAAAAGCAAAGGGGGAAAGCAUAACAAAGCAGACUUGUUGGAAAGCAAUGGCUGAAAUACAAGUAACGGGGGACACCGGAUUGCUGGAUCCAGAAUUUAAAAUGGAAGUGCAUGAUUUAAUAGGACUUGAAACAGAAGGGGUCAAAGAAGGAGCAGCUCUCACAAAAAUGGAAAGUAGUGAAGAAGAAGAAGAAAUAAGGGUAAAACAGGAGCCAGAAGAAGAGCCAAUAAGGACUUGGGAUGCUCAGUUGGAAGUAUUUCUGAAGACAAUACAGUCUCCUUGUUCGAAAGGGGAAACCCAGCAACAACCAGACCUUCAAGUCCCCCUCCAGAUCACAGGGAUGUCCAAGUUUGUAAAUCCCUCCAAGACAAAGGAGGAGCCAAUGAAGAUUGAGGACGAAGAUACUGGUACUGAAAAUGUAUUGGCAGGUGAUGUACAGCCGACUGAAAAGGAGGAACAAAAUCCUUUACUUGAGAGUACAGUGGAAAUGGAGCAACUGGUUACAUCUGUGAAAAUUGAGGAUCCGUUUCUUCCAGCACAAGGUGUGUACAAAAGUGAAGCCACCACUUGGAAUGAGGGUAAUGAAGCAAAAUAUGAUGAAAACUGGAAACUUUCUAGUCAAAACUUUGACCUUAUUAUCAAGUAUGAAGAUCUUGAUGUGGAGAAGAAGCGAUACAAAUGUUGGAACUGUGGACAGAGCUUCAGUAGCAGCUCAGACCUUCUGAUCCACGAGAGAACCCAUGUAGGUGAGAAAGUGUAUAAAUGCUCCCAGUGUGGAGAAUAUGAGAGAACCCACAAAGGUCAGACGCCACAUAGGUGUUCACACUGUGGAAAUACAUUUGGGAGGAACCCACAAGACAAAACCCAAGUGGCAGAGAAGCCCUGUGCACCUUCAGGAUGUGUGGAAAGAUGCAGUCAGAGAUUAGACCUUCUAAAGCAUGAAGAUGAGAUCCCUUGUAAAUGUUUAGUCUGUGGGGAAAUAUUUAGAAAUGACUCUGAUCUCAAAGUGCACCAGAGACUCCACACAGGAGAUAGACCAUAUAUAUGUCUGGAUUGUGGGAAGUCUUUCAGCAGGAUUUCACACUUAAUUUCACAUGAGAAAAUCCACACGGAAGUAUGCUCCUACUGUGGAAAAAGUUUCAAUCAGAAAACAGAACUUGCUGAACAUGAGAAGACCCAUGAAGCAGAACACACAUUUGUAUGUUUUGUUUGUGGGAAAGUCUUUUGUGUCAGUUCAGAACUAGCUGCACAUGUACAAACUCACAAAGUGAAACCUUUUGAAUGCUCAGACUGUGGGAAGGCGUUUGAAAACAGUUUACAACUCACUGCACACCAAAAGGUCCAUAAAGUCAAGAAGCAGCAUAAAUGUCCCCACUGUGGAAAAAGUUUUACCCAGAGACGGAGCCUUAAUAUUCAUAAGAAAGUUCAUGCAGGAGAAAAAGCACAUAAGUGCUUAAUGUGUGGAAAAAACUUCACAAACUCCCUGAAUCCUAAAUGUCAUGAAAGGACUCACACAGGAAGGAAACUAUAUAAAUGCUCCCACUGUGACAGAACCUUCAGGUGGAAGUCCGAUCUUGUAUUACAUGAGUUAAUUCACACAGAAGAAAAGCCCUUUAAAUGCUCAGAUUGUGGGGAUUGUUUUAAUAGGCGAUCCAGUCUUCUUGAACAUUCAAGAAGUCACGCAGGACAAAGUCCAUUUACCUGUUCAUACUGUGGGAAAAUGUUCACCUCAAACUCUGUUCUUCUACGACAUCAGAAAUUCCAUGUCGCAGAGGAAGUUUGUACUUGUUCACAAUGUGGGAAAACUUUCAAGCAACAAUCAGGCCAAAUACAAGAGAAGGUGUUGAAAUGCCCUGAGUGCACCAGAAGCCAUGACCUGAGUUCAGAUCUUGCAUGUCCUCAAACACAUGAAGAGAAAAAAAGUAUUUGAAUGCUUUGAGGGGGGGAAAUUGAGGAACAACUGCCACCUCAUUUCACAUCAGAUCAUCCAUAGAGAAGUCCAACCCUAUCAGUAUUUAGACCGGGCAUGGGCAAACUUUGGCCCUCCAGGUGUUUUGGAGUUGAAGUCUAAAACACCUGGAGGGCUUAAGUUUGCUCAUGCCUGGUUUAGACUGUGGUCAUACUGUUGUGAGAAGUGCCAGUCUUGUGAUAUCUGCAGUCAACCAAAGCAAAAUAAAUAAAUAAAUAAAUCAAAGAUGUUGAAGCUGUGAUAAAAAGUUAGAUCUUGAAAAAACUGAAACAUUAGAGCAGAAUACUCCAUUUUAAUAUUUGGACAUGUUCACCUUUGUCUCCCUUUGGAAAUUAAGCUGGCUUUUCACUUGUAAAUGUAAAUUCACAGAAGCCAAUGAAAUUCACUUUCAUUGGCUUCUGUCUGAUUCUUUCUUAACCUAACAUCUUGCGAAAGUAUUUCUACCAAUUUUUGAAUAUGUUGAUAUCCCAUGCCAUUUUUAACUAUCCCAUCUGAUUUUAGUGGUUAGUCGCUUUACUUUGAUUCUUCUCACAUCCAUGGUCAAUCUUUUCUUAAACCUAUUAAGCUAUGAAAUGUUGCAUAGCUUUGUUCAUUAUUAUUAUCUUCAGGGUGGUUUUCCCCCCAAAUAGUUAUUAUUUAUGCCUCUGCGGCUGUUUUGACUUUGUAAAGGAUUGCAUUGUCAUCUUCGUUCUUUUUCUCCCUCUGCUCUCUGAAUUUUUGAGUGGAAACUUUUUUCAGGUGGGAUUUUAAACUUGACUUCAUAAUGUCUCAGUUUCCAUUUUAAGUCAUGUUGAUUUCAGAAGACCUGUGAAAGCAUUGAGUAGAUUCUUUAACUUUCUUUUCUUUUUUCUUUUUGAAGGCUAUGGGACUUUCAUAAACCUUUUUAUUACAGUCUUGAGGUGGCAGUAUAUUUCAAAAUGCCUAAUUGGACAGCCCAGUCUGAAAAUCCCAGAUGCUGCUUCUGUUCUAUGGAUGCCUUUGGAAAGCCAGGUCUUUCCAUGGUUUCAGACUGGGCAACAAACUAAGAAAAAUACGAAACCUCUGCCCUGUGAGAUGUUUUGGCCUACAACUUCAGUUUAUUGUAGCUAGCUUGGGAAAUUGUAGGAGUUGUAAAUUAAAAAAUCUCAAAAACCAAAAGUUUUCCUUCCUUACUUGGUGGCUCAGAAAUGUUUUGUUCCAGAUAUGGAAUGGCUUUUCUGUUAUUCACUGGAAUUUUGGCACUUAAGGUAUACAGGUUUUUUUUUCUUUGCUACUAAAUAAAGUUUGUUUUCAAAUGAAACUAUGAGUUGUCUUUGAAUCUUUUGUGGAAAGCUUUAAUGCCACUUCAGGAGAUCAGCUGUCCCUGAUCAUUAUUGUCACAAUUUCUCCACCCAUCUAUUCAAAAAGACCAGAAAUGUUACCAUGUCAGAAAGAGGAGAGGGGAUUGUGGGGGUUCUUUUGGGAUCUUGAGAUGGGAUCCAGCAAUCUAAAGGAAGGACUGUGACUGGCAGCAAAAAUAUAAGGUUUGUUAUUACCCAGGGUAUUGCGUAUACAUAUGAGGACGCAAGCUGCAGAGUUUUGUGGGGAAGGAGUUGCCAAGCUCAUUCAUCGCUAUGAUAAGUGCCUAGAUUUGAAUGGCGACUAUGUUGAGAAGUGGUAUUUGGGUGUGGCUUUCAACUGCAUAUGGUAAAUGUUUUCUCCUAUACUUUGUUCAUUUUUAAUUCCAAUACGUAAUCUACUUUCUGGAUAACCCUCGUAUUUAUACAUAGCCAUCAUGUCUCCUCUCAGCCAUCUCUUCUAUAGGCUAAACAUGCACAGCUCUUUAAGCCGCUCCUCAUAGGGCUUGUUCCCCAGACCCUUGAUCAUUUUAGUCGCCCUCCUCUGGACACUUUCCAGCUUGUCAACAUCUCCCUUCAAUUGCGGUGCCCAAAAUUGGACACUGUGUGAUUCCAGGUGUGGUCUGACUAAGGCAGAAUACAGGGAUAACAUGACUUCCCUGGAUUUUGGCCAAGGGUCCCCAAACUUUUUAAACAGGGGGCCAGUUCACGAUCCUUCGGAUCAUUGGAGGGCUGGACUAUAGUUGGCCACAGAGCAAUAAAUAACAACAACAACAACAAUAAUAAAUAAGAGGGUUGGAAGAGACCAUUUGGGCCAUUGAGUCCAAUCCUCCUUUGCCUUUGUGCACCGAAAGCACAAGCAAAGCAGCUCUGAUAGAUGGCCACCCAGAAUCAAUGUUAAUAAUAAUAAUCAUAAUAAUAAUAAUAAAGAGGGUUGGAAGAGACCUCUUGGGCCAUUGAGUCCAACCCCCUUCUGCCUCUGUGCACCAUAAGCACAAGCAAAGCAUCCCUGACAGAUGGCCACCCAGCCUCAAUGUUAAUAAUAAUAAUAAUAAUAAUAAUAAUAAUAAUAAUAAUAAUAAUAAGGGUUGUAAGAGAAGAAGAGACCCCUUGGGUCAUUUAGCCCAACCCCCUUCUGCUCUUGUGCCGUGGGGGCCGGAUAAAUGGCUUUGAUGGGCCGCAUCCGGCCCCUGGGCCUUAGUUUGGGGACCCCUGAUCUAGACACUAGACUUUUAUUUAUUGAUUAAUUUACAGCAUUUAUAUUCCGCCCUUCUCACCCCGAAGAGGACUCAGGGUGGAUCACAUUACACAUAUAGGCAAACAUUCAAUGCCUUUGAACAUAGAACAAAGACAAGACAGGCUCCGAGUGGGCCUCGAACUCAUGACCUCCUGGUCAGAGUGAUUCAUUGCAGCUGGUUUUGAUGACCGUCACCCCGGCUUUCAAAUUGAUUUGAAAACGCAACGGAGAGUUCCGUAGAUCGCUCACCAAAGGAACGGAACGGGACCGCAGCAGACUAUUAUUAAGAGAUCUUUUUAUUUCACUUUCCCCUUCCCUGAACUAUGUAACAAAAUCCCCCAAUAAAAGUAGCAUUUAUUUUAACAAUAA